AUGAGCAGCACGGAUGGUGGAUACGCCAGUGACGAGCAAAAGAGGGGAAAGUGCUCAGUGCCAAUGGUAAUACCCGGGCUGGGGCAGUGCCAGUGGGCUGAGACCUUCACCAACAUACGUGAGGCUAAGAUGAAAUGCGAUUCAGGAUCUACCAACCCCAGGGGCAAAGCCGAGGCCCGGAUCCGCCGUCCUAUGAACGCCUUCAUGGUCUGGGCUAAAGAUGAGCGCAAGAGACUGGCCCAGCAGAACCCGGACCUGCACAAUGCGGAGCUCAGCAAGAUGCUUGGGCAGUACUGGAAGUCUCUACCACUGGCUGAAAAGCGUCCAUUUGUGGAGGAAGCAGAGAGGCUGAGAGUACAGCACAUGCAGGACCACCCUGAGUACAAGUACAGACCCAGGAGGAGGAAGCAGGAGAGGAAGAUGAAGAGGGCAGGUGACUGUUAUCACCCAGCCUUAGAGCUGUCUCACCCUUCUGUGCUGAACAAUGAUGCCCAGGUGUGUUUGGACAACUUCAGCACAGAUUACACUGAUCAUCACCAGCUGCCUCAGGACAGCCACUACAAGGAGCAACGCUCAAUGGGACAUUAUUACAAAAGCUACAAUUUGCCAACAUCACAGACGCCCCAAGAUGCUCAUGUGUCUUACUCACCACCUACCCAAGUAGAAAACCAUAUGGUUCCCUAUGCCUACAAUACUUCCUAUCGCAUCCACCACCCGAAUAAUACUGAAAUCUCCACGUAUAGGAGACCAAUGCCACAAACUGAUCAAAUUGCACAGGGAAAUAGGGAGCAGGCAUCUACAUCGCUGUAUUAUGCCCAACACUAUGUGCCUUCAAGCAGACCCCAGCAAGUGGCCCAACCAGAGCACAGGCUCUUCCCAGCUGAUCCUCAGCAGAUCACCAGAACAGAUCACAUUCAGCAAGCCCAUCUCAUCAGUGAUAUUGAUAAGGAUGAGUUUGAUCAAUAUCUUCAGUUUGAUGGGAAAUCUGACAGAGAACUGAACUCUCAUACAGAUGGAUAUACUGGUGCCAGUUCCACAAGUUUAUUGCCAUCUGUAAUCACUGAAUCCAAUAAUAUCUGUUACUACAAUUACUGUAGUGUAUGAAACAUUUUGAAUUUAUGGAUAUGUGAAAGCAAUUUCAGAUGGGACAUUAAUGCAAUUGAGCUUCUUGUGCAAU